GACACCAUGGAGGUUACCGCUUUCCGCAUCAGACUGUUGAUCAGUGUGUUGAUUCUGCUGGUUGCACAUGUUGAGGAAAUUGAUCCUCAGCCGUCUGUUGCAGAUGUUCGUAUUGUUCCGUCCAGACUGCAGCUCUUUGUAUAUGAAUCUGUUUCAUUUACCUGUGAGGGGUCUGCUGGCUCAGCUGGAUGGAAAGUGAUGAACAACAAGGGAGUCAUUAAAACAAAUCCAAAUCCUAAUGUAACCUGCAAUAACUGUAUUGAUGUUGCCAUUGAAUCAGACAGUGGAGAGUACUGGUGUGAAGGUGAAAAAGGACAAAGAAGCAAUGCUGUCAACAUAACUGUCACUGCUGGUUUAGUGGUCCUGGAGAGUCCUGUCCUUCCUGUGAUGAAGGGAGAAGCUGUGACUCUGCACUGUAGAAUUAAGAAAACCUCCUUCAACAUCACAGCUGAUUUCUAUAAAGAUGGCAUCUUCAUCAAGACUGAGUCCACAGUCUACAUGACCAUCCAAAGUGUCUCCAAGUCCAACGAAGGUCUCUACAAGUGCAUCAUCUCUGGAGCUGGAGAAUCACCAGAGAGCCGGUUGGCUGUGAAAGAUCAAUUGGAGAUCCCAAAGGACCAGGAGGACUCAGUGAACCAAAGUAAGGAUCCAUUGGUACAACCUGCAGACAAAACAGAAUCUCAGAAAGAGAUGGAAUUUCCCCACUUUUACUUCAUCCUGAUGUGGUCUUUUAUGGCCCUGAUACUGACGCUACAGCUGCUGGUGAUAGGACUGCUUUACCAGAAGAAACAGCUAGUCUUACUUGAGGCCCAGAUGAGUGAUCCACACAAGGACCUUUAUUCUGUCGUCAACAAAAAACAUGAAAAAGAAAGACACUGCAGAUGCUGCUGAUAAUUUGAGUGUCUGCCUCGACAAACCACAGCAGCAAACGACAGACAGAAAAGGUCACAGAAGAAACACCUGACUGAGGGACAUAAAAGUGUUUACUUAAAGUGUUCAGUGUAUAUCUGAAAAAUUGUAUCUAGUUCAAAGAUCUUUUUUUAUUUCUUCAUGAUAACUGUGUAAUAUAUUGUGCAUUUAAUGGCAAGUUAAACAACAAUUUAUGCUCAGUUUUCUUUAUUUAAUUGUUUUCUUUUAGUUUGAGUGUGAUAGCAGGGAUCAUCUGAGCGCUUCAGCUAACUCAAAGUAUCAGUGUCUAUUUUUAAGAAGCGUCAGUGUGUUAGUGGAAAGGUUAAACCACGUUACUGUAGGUGCUCUGUGUGUUCACACCAUUGUUUCCGAGAACAAAGCUGCACCUGCACGUGUUUGUGGUCAACUGCUAAUGCUGUGCUGUUAUAUCAGUUUGAAAUAAAUAGACACACUGUUUUAACUGUCAAGUUCCUUUGAAUACUCCAUUUGCAUAACAAUGUUUUUCAUUAAUUUGUAGAGUAAUGUAUAAAA